AUGUCCACCAUGCGCAACGCCGUCCAACGGCGCAACCACAAGGAGCGAGGCCAACUCCAAGGCCGCGAAAAAUGGGGUAUCCUUGAGAAGCACAAGGACUACUCCCUCCGCGCCAAAGACUACAACGCCAAAAAGGCCAAGCUCAAGCGCCUCCAGGAGAAAGUCCGCGACCGCAACCCCGAUGAAUUUAACUUCGGCAUGCUCUCCAGCCACACGGCGCGGCAGGGUCGUCACGGCACGGGCGUGCGGGACUCGGCCGCGGCGCGCGGCUUGAGCCACGAUGCUAUCAAAUUGCUCAAGACGCAGGACGCGGGGUACCUCCGGACGCAGGGGGAGAGGAUCCGUCGGCAAUUGGGGCGGCUGGAGGAGGAGGUGCAGGUGCAAGACGGGGUUAAGGCGGCGCUUGGGGAGAAGGAGGAGAAGAAAGAGAGGAAGACGAAGGAGAAGAAGGGAGGUGAUGAUGAGUUUAAUGGGUUCGAUGAUGAUAUGGAUUUCGAUUUCGAUUUUGGGGAUGAGGAUGAAGAAGAAGAUGAUAUGAUCUCCGGGGGGAAGUCGAGGAAGGUGGUCUUUGCGGAAGAUCGGGAUGAACAGAAGGACUUGAAGCGGGAGAGGCUGUUACGGUUGGAAGAGGAGGAGGAUGACUCCGAAAGUGACGAAGAUGAUGACUCGUUCGGUCAGCGCAAGAAGCAACAGCAGAAGAAGUCGCAGAAGCAAAUCGAGGCCGAGCGUCAGGCGCUGGUCGAGGCCAGGCGCGCCCGCAAGAUGAAGAAGCGCGCCACGGAGGCCAGAGACAACAAGAUCAAGGCCCUGCAGAAGCAGUACAAGGAGAUUACGGCCGCAGCCCGCGAGCUGGACUGGCAGCGGGGCCGCAUGGACAAUGUUGUCGGAGGCACGAACAAGAAUGGUGUCAAGUGGAAGAUCCGCGAGCGCAAGCGGUGA